AUGGGGCGCGAAAGGAGGCUUCCUCGUGUAAUGACUGUUCCAGGGGUCAUUUCCGAGCUUGAUGAUGAUCAAGCUAAUAGUGUUUCAUCGGAGGCUCCAUCGUCUGUUGUUGCAGAUCGAGUAAUUAUAGUUGCAAAUCAGCUUCCGGUGAAGGCUAAGCGUAGGCCCGAUAAUAAAGGGUGGAGUUUUAGCUGGGAUGAGGAUUCAUUGUUGUUGCACAUUAAAGAUGGUUUUCCAGACGAUAUGGAGGUUAUUUAUGUGGGGUCGUUGAGGGUUGAGGUUGAUUCAAGCGAACAAGACGAUGUUGCCCAGUUACUGUUGGACAGGUUUAAGUGUGUUCCGGCUUUUCUCCCACCAGACAUUCUGUCCAAGUAUUAUCAUGGGUUCUGCAAGCAGCAUUUGUGGCCACUAUUCCAUUAUAUGCUUCCAUACUCAGCAAGCCAUGGAGGUCGAUAUGAGCGGUCAUGGUGGGAAGCAUAUGUUGCUGCAAAUAAGAUUUUCUCACAGAAGGUGAUUGAAGUAAUAAAUCCAGAUGACGAUUAUGUAUGGAUUCACGAUUAUCAUUUAAUGGUUUUGCCUACCUUCUUGAGGAGGCGCUUCAACCGGUUAAGAAUGGGAUUUUUCCUUCACAGUCCUUUUCCUUCAUCGGAGAUAUACAGGACUCUACCAGUGAGAGAAGAGAUUCUAAAGGCAUUACUGAAUUCUGACCUAAUUGGUUUCCACACCUUUGAUUAUGCAAGGCAUUUCCUCUCUUGUUGUAGCCGUAUUCUGGGUUUAGAGUAUCAGUCAAAGAGGGGAUAUAUUGGGGUAGAAUACUUUGGGAGGACAGUUGGAAUAAAAAUCAUGCCUGUUGGAAUUCACAUGGGGCAGAUUGAAUCUGUGCUUAAGCAUGCUGAUAAAGACUGGAUAGUUGGAGAGCUGCAGCAACAGUUUGAAGGAAAAACAGUGUUACUAGGAGUUGAUGACACGGAUAUAUUCAAAGGUGUGGAUUUAAAACUUUUGGCAAUGGAACAAAUGUUAAAGCAGCAUCCAAAGUGGCAAGGAAGGGCAGUGUUAGUACAGAUUGCAAAUCCAGCCCGAGGAAAGGGAAAGGACCUUGAAGAAAUACAAGCAGAAAUAGAAGCAAGCUGCAAAAGGAUCAACGAGACUUUUAGGCAGCCUGGUUAUGAACCUAUUGUUUUUAUCAACAGACCAGUGUCGCUUAGUGAACGAGCAGCAUAUUACACUAUUGCUGAAUGUGUUGUGGUUACAGCUGUAAGGGAUGGAAUGAACCUUACUCCGUAUGAAUACAUCGUGAGCAGGCAGGGAAUCCCUGGAAAUGAAUCUAUAUCAGAUUCAAAUGCUCCAAAGAAGAGCAUGCUUGUGGUAUCUGAGUUUAUUGGCUGCUCCCCUUCACUUAGUGGGGCCAUCCGAGUCAACCCGUGGAACAUUGAAACAACUGCAGAAGCAUUGAAUGAGGCAAUUUCAAUGGCUGAUACUGAGAAGCAGUUGCGACAUGAGAAGCACUACAAGUAUGUCAGUAUACAUGAUGUAGCAUAUUGGUCAAGAAGCUUCUUCCAGGAUUUAGAGAGAACUUGCAAAGACCAUUUUAGGCGACGCUGCUGGGGAAUUGGUUUGAGUUUUGGUUUUAGGGUUGUUGCUCUUGAUCCUAAUUUCAGAAAGCUGUCCAUUGAUGCCAUCGUCUCUGCUUAUUCAAAAGCCAAAAAUCGGGCAAUACUUUUAGAUUAUGAUGGUACCGUCAUGCCCCAAACAUCCAUCAAUAAGAAUCCUAGCCAGGACGUGAUCUCAAUUAUCAACAGACUUUGUGAUGAUGUCAAAAACACAGUGUUUGUUGUCAGUGGACGAGGAAAGGAUAGUUUAGGCAAGUGGUUUUCUCCAUGCAAGAAACUGGGUAUUGCUGCUGAACAUGGAUACUUUAUAAGGCGGAAUGCGGAUGAGGAAUGGGAAACUUGUGGGCAGAGCACUGAUUUUGGAUGGAUGCACAUGGCCGAGCCUGUAAUGAAAUUAUAUACAGAAGCUACUGAUGGUUCCUAUAUUGAAGUAAAAGAGAGUGCACUUGUUUGGCAUCAUCAAGAUGCGGAUCCUGGUUUUGGAUCUAGUCAAGCAAAGGAAAUGUUAGACCACCUUGAAAGCGUGCUAGCUAAUGAACCUGUUACUGCUAAAAGUGGUCAAUUCAUUGUUGAAGUGAAACCCCAGGGCGUUAGUAAAGGUCUGGUUGCAGAGAAGAUCUUUACAUCGAUGGCUGAAAAUGGGCGGCAGGCCGAUUUUGUGCUUUGCAUUGGUGACGAUCGAUCCGAUGAGGAUAUGUUUGAAAAGAUCGGAGAUGCAAUAGACAGUGGUGUCCUUUCUUUCAAUACUUCAGUUUUUGCCUGCACUGUUGGGCAGAAGCCGAGUAAAGCAAAGUACUAUGUGGACGACACAACAGAGGUCAUAAACAUGCUUCAAUUUCUUGCUGAAGCCUCCGACCCUUCACCUGCAGAAGAUGCUUCAGGAAUCCCCAGUUAG